UGUGUACUUUGACAAAGGCUAAGGUCUAUUUGUUUUCUUUGGUUGGACUCAACUAAGUAACUCAAGUUUGCUAUGCUCGGAUCGUGAAUAAAACUGUAAAUCUCUAAAUGUUUAAUGACGUUUCCCAAUUCUGGCCGUGUUUAAUUUCUCCGUCAAAAUUGCUUCCAUACGAAGCCGUAAUCUAGCUAGAAAUGAAAUCACGGGGUCAAAACAUAACUUAGUUUUCUCUUUUUAAUACCGCAUCAUAGAUCUCGAUUCGCCGCCGCGGAACUUCUAAAUCAUUUUCUAAGCAAAACAAAGAGAAAUUAGCACUGACGACCACCCCCAUUUCGGUCUUUAACAUCCCACUUGCGGCUCUUUGAAGGUGUAUAAAAAGGCGGAUAAGAAAAGCAGACUGAUUCUCUCUUCUUUCUUGAGUCGUCGACAUCAUUUUGAAUUGAACAGUUGACCGAUUUGAUCACUUGAUGUCGAGGCGACAUAGAAUGCCGCUGACGCCAGUGUUUCUUUUUGUUGCUCUUUUCAUCAUGAUUACGCCAGUGUUGGCCGAUGAUGAAGCAAGCGAGCAGGAGAUUACGGCGAAAAUAGCACACCCACGACAAUUUCAAGACUGGUACUCACAAGGUGACACGAAAAAUAUUCGUGGAUUAGCAAACCUUCAGAGAGCAUCUAGAACAUUUUCUCCCUGUUUUUGCGGACUUACUUCCCUUAAGUGUUGUCUAAGAAAACGGACACUUGCCAAGGUUGAGGAAGCUGGAAACAUCUCAGUAGGAAACUCAUUCUGAGUGAAAACGAUUGAAUGGCAGUUACUGAGCAGUUUUUUCGCGGUGAAAUAUCAGUAUGAUAUAUUUGAAGGUUGGAUUAACCGUUGGAUAAAGAACUUACGCUCAAAUAGCCUGGAUUAGUUUAAACUUGUAAUUGAGGAUUUUCUUCUCAUUAGCUCACAACUGACUGGCCUUAGAAACAAAUAUUAAAGUCGACAUGAUAAGGAAUGGUAAGGUGUUGUAGCGCCAUUAUUUUUGUUGAAAUUGCAGGGUGCUUAUCACAAAAAUACACAGAACUAUGGAUAUUUCUCUGGCUCCGAGCUCGGCUUUUGAGCGAGUCGAGGAGGGGGAAUACAAAAAGAAAUAAAUUGGGCCUGUUAUUUGACACCUAAAGCUAUGCAAAUAAAAAAUAUACUGCAGAGAGCUUAUAUUUACAUCUUUUUUCUCU